UCACCGAAGUUAUUUUUUAAACAAAAAAAGUUAAAUAAAUGAAUAAUAAUUUUAUUGUGGCCAAAUAUUUAUAAACAAAUAAAUACCUAAGCGAUAAAUAAGUGUUUGGCUACCACUGGUGUAAUCAGUUUAAGGUUAGUAGGUGGGUGAGUAGACAUCUCGCACGCUCGGAGAUUUUUUUCGAGUGGAAAGUGAAGUGAAGAUGAUUCGGGUUGUGACAGUUUUGAUUGUUUUUGGACUUUUUCAUUUGGGCUCGUCCAUCCGCUGCUACGUGUGCACCUCGGAGGCCUCCAGCAACCAAUACGAAUACGACGCGUGUCUUUACGGUGACGAGCGGUACCUGCAGGCCAUCGCGUGCCCCGAGCCCUCCGUAUGCACGGCCUACCACUACCAAACCCUCAUCCCCGGGUCCCUCAACCAGCUCAGCACCAGUCGCGGGUGUCAGGCCCUUCGCUACGGUGCCACCUGCGAAGACAUCUUCAACGACCUGCGAAGGACAGGGUCGGUCUUGCCCGGCCAGCACAUCUGCGCCACCUGCAGCGAGGAUCUAUGCAACGAAGCGAUGGGGCUUUCCCCCGGAAUGUGUUUAAUAUUUCUGGUGAUUUUUUUAUUGUUGAUAAAAUAAAUUUAUUAAUUUAACCGAG